AUGAACGAGGAUCUGGAGCACCGGCCAGCGAAAAGACAACGCUUUUUCGUCGACAGCUCCGUUUCCCCACAAGAUUCGGCUGCAGGGGUUGGGGACGCGUCUUUACCUCGCCAUUGUCCUGGACUAGACGACCGUGAAACGGAGCACGAUGGACAUGCUGGCCUUCCAGAGACGCCUUCUAAGGGUGACACAGUGGCUUGUGGAUUGACGAGUCCCAUAAACGCGCUAUCACCCACGCAAACUCCUAGGGGUGACAGAGAAGAGAAUCCAUCGACGAACUCUCCGCUGCACAACGAAACGAUCCAACCAGCCGCAAGCGAAGCAACCAUCCCUCCGACGACACAAUCCUCAGCAUCAAACGGUUUCGAUGCAGAACUAUUUACCAGCAUUAUUGGAGAAAACUUGUCUGCCGAAUCGUUGCGAAUUAUUCAAUCCGCCUCCUCCAACAACGUCGAGCGAGCGGUCAACAUAUUUUUCGACGGGUCGUGGAAGAAGCCGACGAAAGUGACUCUCAGCAGAGUGACUCCGACUAUCCGACAAGCCCAUGCAUCAGCAUCUACCCCGAGUGAAAGAUCGACUACCCUUCCGACAUCGAAUACCGAGGAUACCCCAACCGAGCAUGUCUCAGUUCUGCGAAAGCAACCGGCCGCGAGGUAUAUAGGAGCCUUUGGUGUAGGAGGCUGGGCCACAAGGAGUGGACUUGCUCUCCUCAAGCAUGGAGAUCCAGUCAAUAUCGAACGUGCUCGGUCUCAGCCGGUUGCAAAACGUGGUCGAGGAGGCAAGCUCUUCACGAACAAUAAGGGGGAUGUUUUGACGCGGUUCACAAAUGCUGCUGGGCAGGAAAUUGGAAGACUUCCGCACGAGACGGCGGAGUGGGUCUCAACCUUGAUUGACCAGAAGAUGUGCCAGUUUGAGGGAGUCUGUGUGUUUAUCCCAGACCGAGUACGGGUGAAUGAUACGAUCUACUUGCAGCUGAAAUGUUAUCUACGCAAGGAGGCGUUCAUGCGUGGUCCGUUCAUGGGAACUACGGAUGAUAAUCGAUCCAUGGGCUUGUUUGAAGAGAAGGAGAGCGCCGAAGAAAAAAACCUGCGACUUCGACAAGUAGCUCUCGUGAAACUAUUUCAUGAAAUCAAUCUCCAGCCAACUUCUACCAAUCCCACGACGGAGAAGCACAAGCGAGAUGGCUUACUCCGCGCGGCUGAAAUGGCCGAACAAUACGACGGCGUCAAGAAGGAGAAGGAGAAAGCCAAAUCCAACAAAGACCCCAAUGAUUCUUCCUCUGAAGAGGACACCGCUGAAUUGGAAGAAGAUCAGCUCGACACCCUAUAUCGUAAAGCUCAGUCUUUCGACUUCAGUAUGCCUGAGGCUGAGCCUGCCUCGACCUUCAAAAUGAAUCUACGCAAGUACCAAAAGCAGGCUCUGUUCUGGAUGCUGUCGAAGGAAAAGGAUAAAAAGGAAGCACGCGAGCGAUCCAUGCAUCCCUUGUGGGAAGAAUACACUUGGCCCACCAAGGAUGUUGAUGACAAAGAGCUGCCCUCGGUUGAGGGGAUAGAUCAUUUCUAUGUCAAUCCUUACUCCGGUGACUUGAGUGUGGACUUCCCUGCUCAAGAACAGCACUGUCUUGGCGGUGUGCUCGCUGACGAGAUGGGCCUUGGAAAGACUAUCGAAAUGCUCAGCCUUGUCCAUUCUCACACAUCUGAGCGUCCCUCCGGGGCUUCAGAUGGUAUGAACUCUGUGAACGAUCUUGCAAGGGUCCCAGCCUCGUCCACUGGCGUGAUUCCUGCGCCCUAUACCACCCUCGUAGUCGCACCAACCUCCCUACUAUCCCAAUGGGAGAGUGAGGCGCUGAAAGCUUCCGAGCCAGGCUCCAUGAGAACCCUUUUGUACUACGGAGCAGACAAAGCUGUCAAUCUGCGUGAUAUCUGCUGCGAGGCCAAUUAUGCAUCGGCUCCUCAUGUCAUUGUCACCAGCUACGGUGUUGUCCUUUCAGAAUUCCGCCAAUUUGCAGCACAAUCUUCAACGGCCUUCAAUGCGCCUGGUGGUCUCUUCUCUAUCGAAUUCUUCCGCGUCAUUCUCGACGAAGCCCACAUGAUCAAAAAUCGGCGGUCAAAGUCUGCCAGAGCAUGUUACGAGAUCCAGGCAACACAUCGAUGGGUUCUCACGGGUACACCGAUUGUCAACCGCCUAGAGGACCUAUUCAGUCUGGUACGCUUCCUUAAGGUGGAGCCAUGGAGCAACUUCUCCUUCUGGAAGACGUUCAUUACUGUGCCUUUCGAAAACAAGGAGUUCGUUCGUGCCCUGAACGUAGUCCAAAGUGUCUUGGAGCCUCUUGUGCUUCGGCGAACAAAAACGAUGAAGACCCCCGAAGGCGAACCUCUAGUGCCCUUGCCAAAGCGUGCUGUCACUAUCGAGGAGGUUGAGCUUUCGGAACAAGAACGCGAAAUCUAUGACUGCAUUUACACUCGAGCCAAAAGAACCUAUAACGACAACGUCGAAGCUGGAACCCUUCUGAAGUCAUACUCCACCAUCUUUGCUCAGCUGCUCCGUCUUCGCCAGACCUGCUGUCAUCCAAUUCUCACCCGUAACAAAGACAUUGUCGCCGAUGAAGAAACGGUUGCUGCAGCUCUCGAUGCUACCAAUAGUCUGACGGAUGACAUGGACCUGCAAGAGCUAAUUAACCGAUUUACGGCAUCGACGGAGAAUGCAGAAACUGAGGACCGGUCCGUCAAGUUUACAGCGCACGCUCUCCGGCAAAUUCAAACCGAGUCCAGUGGAGAAUGUCCGAUUUGCUGUGAGGAACCGAUGAUCGAUCCCGCAGUGACGGCGUGCUGGCAUAGCGCAUGCAAAAAGUGUCUCGAGGAUUUUGUGCGCCAUCAGAUGAAUAAGGGAGUGAAGCCUCGCUGUUUCUCAUGCCGUGCAGAUGUGGACGCGAAGGAUAUCUUCGAAGUCGUAAAGCACCCGCUUUCUCAUUCUGUCACGCCCAUGGAAAAUUUUGCUGCUAGUGAUAACCCACCGUCAAGCUCACAGCCUGCUCCUCGCAUCUCUCUUCGCCGGAUCAAUCCUCUUUCUCCUUCAGCGCAUACUUCAGCAAAGAUCCACGCACUGAUCAACCAUCUCUCGCGCGUUCCACCAAACACAAAAUCUGUCGUGUUCUCACAAUUCACCUCAUUCCUAGACCUCAUCGGUCCUCAGCUUUCCAAAGUGGGUAUCUCCCAUCUUCGCCUCGAUGGAUCUAUGCCUCAGAAAGCUCGCGCGGCAGUCCUGGCUCAAUUCACCAAAACUGAGGAGUACACGGACGAGAUCAUCGACACCGAGGACGAAACACCAUCACGGUCUGGCCCCUCGACUUCGAAAUCACAAACUUCCGAGCCCACCCCGAGAGUCCUCCUUAUCUCGCUUCGUGCCGGUGGUGUCGGUCUCAAUCUAACUGUCGCCAGCAACGUCUUCGUCAUGGAUCCGUGGUGGAGCUUUGCCAUCGAGGCGCAAGCUAUUGACCGCGUCCACCGAAUGGGUCAACUGCGUGAUGUCUCUGUGACGCGGUUCAUUGUCAAGGAUUCGAUUGAGGGUCGAAUGCUUCGUGUGCAGGAACGCAAAAUGAAUAUUGCCGGGUCGCUUGGUCUGCGCGUUGGUGGUGACGAAGGCGAGGAUGAUAAGAAGAAGGACCGCAUUGAGGAGCUGAGAUUGCUAUUUGAGUAG